AUGCCCUCCGUUACGACCUGGCCGCGGCGGCGGCUCGGCUCUCGCCACUGCCGGGGCGCCAAGCGGCUCUGGAAGCGGAGAUUUUCGCCGCCGACGCCCUGCUGGCAGAAGAACGAACCCAUACCGCCGCGGCCGCAGCGGAACUCCGCGCCUCAGCAGCUGAAGUGGUCUGGCUACGAGACCGGCAGCAGGAGGCGGAGAAUCCAGAAAAGCUCCGCUGCUGACGAGGAACUAGACAAAAUGCAGAAGGACUGGUGGACAACUGAAUCCUUCGGAGCCAAGUAUGAACGGAUAGUCUUCGAUGCGGCAGCCAGAUCGUACGGAACAUCGCUGAAUGACAAACUCCUGACCGGACCAGACCUGCUGAAGAACCUCACCGGCGUCCUGCUCCGUUUCCGAGAAGAAAAAGUCGGCAUGGUGGCAGACAUCCAAGAAAUGUACCACCAGGUCCGUGUCAUCGAGAAGGACCGACCUGCGCUCAGCUUCCUGUGGCGCGACCUGGAUCAAACUAGAGAACCAGACAUCUAUGAGAUGCAGGUGACCAUCUUCGGCGCCAAAUCGUCUCCAGCGUCUGCCAACUACGUCCUCCAAAGAACAGUCGCGGACCAUGGAGAAGACUGCGGGCUACCAAAGAAGGCCGUGGAAACUGUGAAGAACAGUUUCUACAUGGACGACUUCUUACGAUCAGAAGAACAUGAAGAUGAUGCAUUGAAGACGACGAAGCAGGUGACAGAGACACUCUCCCGAGGCGGCUUCCAUCUAUCCAAGUGGGUAAGCAACUCGAGGCGCGUCCUGGAGAGCAUUCCCCGAGAGAAGCGCGCCCAGCCGGAACUAGACCUCACAGAAGCGGAGCUGCCCACACAAGGUGCCUUGGGAGUGGUUUGGGAUGCUGAAAAGGACAGUCUGAGCUUCAGAUUCCGAGACUCAAGCGUCCCGAUGACAAAGCGGGGAGUCCUCCAAAGGACUGCGUCGAUCUUCGAUCGUCUGGGGAUCGCCGCGCCUUUCGUCAUCAGAGCCAAAAUGUUCAUGCAGCAGCUCUGGACCAAGCAACUGGACUGGGACGAGCUGGAUCGUGAGGAGCAGAAAGAAUGGGAAGAAUGGCUCCAAGAACUGCCAGCACUGAGAAACAUCAGUGUCUCACGCUGCCUCCGUCCAACAUCAAGUGACACAAUUGCGCGCGAGCUUCAUGUCUUCUGCGACGCAUCAGAGGGAGCGUUCGGAGCAGUCGCUUAUCUCCGUACGACCUCACCAGACAGCACGCAUCACUGCUCGUUCAUCAUGAGCAAGACACGAGUUGCACCGCUGAAGAACUGUUGA